CCCCCGGCGCGGGUGCGGAGAACAGACCCAGAUGCGGGGCUGCAAAGCCCGACCCCAGCAGCUGCAACGCCUGCUACGUGCAGGCUGCCCGCUGGGCUCCUUCCUGGGGUGAAGCGGUCUUCCCAGCCUCGUCACUGGGGAGACCGCGGGCAGACGCCACAAUCCCCUAGCGCUUUGUCGCCCCUUCCUCCAGCCCGGCUCCCUAAACUCGGGAGAGGCGGGUGCUCCCGACCUUGCUUCCAUCCUGCCAGGGGCCGCGUGCAUCCCGGGGCGAAUUCAGGAGGCGAAUUUAGGGCCACAGAUUUGGCUCCAGAAGUCUGUUCUGACCGUACGGCCGCCCCUCGCAGGGUCGCUCUGCAGCGCGUCCCCGAAUGUCGCGGUCCUCAAGCCCUCACCGCACUCCCUAGCACGCGAGGCCCCGGGCGGCUGUCGAGCAGGUGUGUCGCCGGUAGCUCAGCGCUGCGGUCCAGGAGAUGACGGUGCUCGGUACCUGUCCCUACACUGGCAACCGUGCCGGGGCACACCACGGCAAAUCCCAGUAAUUCAAAUGUCCCCGUCGGGCCCACGGCCCUUCCCGCGCCGCCCCCAGAGGCCACUUCUGCGCGGUCUUUCGCGUCGAACCCCAAGGGGCGCGCGCCCGGCGCCGGGUCCGCCUCCUCCCCGGCUCUAGCGGGGGCGGGCGUGGGUGGGCAGGGACCUGGAUCUGAUUAGCUGGGAGGGGGGAGCCAUGGUCCCAACCGCUCUCUCCUGCCUCCCCGUCCUCCCAGGCUCCUCGAGGAGGAGGAGGAGGGACAGUACAGGAGAAGAGGGGCGAGGGUCCCAUCACCCAGGGAUCAGAGCCCUGCCUCUGUCUCCGAGCUUCCGCCUCGCCCCGCCCCACCGUCAGCCCCUCCAUGAGACCCACUUCCAGCUCGGGCUUCUACGUGAGCCGCGCGGUGGCCCUGCUGCUGGCCGGGCUGGCAGCCACCCUCCUGGUGGCGCUGGCCGUGCUCGCCGCCCUGUACGGCCACUGCGCGGGCGUCCCGCCGUCGAAGCUACGUGGCCUCCGGGUCGCGGACGCCGCGACCCCCACUCCCAGCAGUCAGGAGGAGCCGCCGGCGACCCCGAAACCCGGCUCCGCACGCGAGCCGUCGGCGACGACCUCCGCGGGCGACUGGCGACCCCCGGGGCCCUGGGACCAACUGCGCCUGCCGUCCUGGCUGGUGCCGCUGCACUACGAGCUGGAGCUAUGGCCCCGGCUGAGGCCCGACGAGCUGCCCGGGUCGUCGUUGCACUUCACUGGCCGCGUGAACAUCACGGUGCGCUGCGCCGAGGCCACCGCGCGGUUGCUGCUGCACAGCCUUUUCCUGGACUGCGAGCGCGCCGAGGUGCGGGGUCCCCUGUCUCCAGGCGCCGGGGACGCCGCCGUGGGCAGCGUGCCCGUGGACGACGUGUGGUUCGCGCUGGACAUGCAGUACAUGGUGCUGGAGCUUGGCGAGGCCCUGCAGCCUGGUAGCCGCUACGAGCUUCAGCUCAGCUUCUCGGGCCUGGCGUUUCGGGACACUAGGGAGGGGCUCUUCCUCAACGUCUACACCGACCAGGGCGAGCGCAGGGUCCUGCUAGCAUCUCAGAUGGAACCAACAUUUGCCAGGAAUGUUUUCCCUUGUUUUGAUGAGCCAGCUCUGAAGGCAACUUUUAAUAUCACAAUUAUUCAUCAUCCAAGUUAUGUGGCCCUUUCCAACAUGCCAAAGCUAGGUCAGACUGAAAAAGAAGAUGUGAAUGGAAGCAAAUGGACCGUUUCUACCUUUUACACCACGCCCUACAUGCCAACUUACUUAGCCGCAUUUGCUAUCUGUGACUGUGACCCUGUCAAUAGAACCGAAAGGGGCAAGGAGAUACGCAUCUGGGCCCGGAAAGAUGCCAUUGCAAGUGGAAGUGCAGACUUUGCUUUGAACAUCACAGGUCCCAUCUUCUCUUUUCUGGAGGAUUUAUUUAAUAUCAGUUACCCUCUUCCAAAGACAGAUAUAAUUGCCUUGCCUAUUUUUGACAACCGUGCAAUGGAAAACUGGGGUCUAUUGAUGUUUGAUGAAUCAUUAUUGUUGCUGCAACCAAAUGAUCAACUGACAGAAAAAAAGACUUUGAUCUCCUACAUUGUCUCUCAUGAGAUUGGACAUCAGUGGUUUGGAAACUUGGUUACCAUGAAUUGGUGGAACAAUAUCUGGCUCAAGGAGGGUUUUGCAUCUUAUUUUGAAUUUGGAGUAAUUAACUACUUCAAUCCUAAACUCCCAAGAAACGAGGUCUUUUUUUCUAACAUUUUACACGGUGUCCUCAGCGAAGAUCACGCCCUGGUGUCUAGAGCUGUGUCCACAAAGGUGGAAAAUUUCACAGAAACAAGUGAAAUAAAUGAACUCUUUGACAUAUUUACUUACAACAAGGGAGCGUCUAUGGCCCGGAUGCUUUCUAGUUUCUUGAAUGAACAUUUAUUUAUCAGCGCACUCAAGUCAUAUUUGAAGACAUUUUCCUACUCAAAUGCUGAGCAAGAUGAUCUAUGGAGGCAUUUUCAAAUGGCCAUCGAUGACCAGAGUAAAAUUCUUUUGCCAGCAACAGUAAAAAGCAUAAUGGACAGCUGGACACACCAGAGUGGUUUUCCAGUCAUCACUUUAAAUGUUUCUACUGGUGUCAUGAAGCAGGAGCCAUUUUACAUUGGAAAGUUUAGAAAUCAGACUCUUCUUACCCACAAUGACACAUGGAUUGUCCCUAUUCUUUGGAUAAAGAAUGGAACUACACAGUCCUUAGUCUGGCUAGAUAAAAACAGCAAAGUAUUUCCUGAAAUGCAAGUUUCAGAUUCUGACCAUGACUGGGUGAUUUUGAAUUUAAAUAUGACUGGAUAUUAUAGAGUUAAUUAUGAUAAAUUAGGUUGGAAGAAAUUAAAGCAACAGCUUGAAAAGGAUCAUAGGGCUAUUCCUGUGAUUCACAGACUACAGUUGAUUGAUGAUGCAUUUUCCUUGUCUAAAAACAAUUACGUUGGGAUUGAAACAGCACUUGAUUUAACCAAGUACCUUGCAGAAGAAGACGAAAUCAUAGUAUGGCAUGCAGUCCUAGUAAACUUGAUAACCAGGGAUCUUGUUUCUGAUGUGAGGAACUAUGAUAUAUACCCAUUAUUAAAGAAAUAUCUAUUGAAGAGACUUAACUCAAUAUGGAAUAUUUAUUCAACUAUAAUUCGUGAAAAUGUGAUAGCAUUGCAAGAUGACUACUUAGCUAUAAUAUCACUGGAAAAACUUUUUGAAACUGCAUGUUGGUUAGGCCUUGAAGACUGUCUUCAGCUGUCAAGAGAACUCUUCAUAAAAUGGGUGAAUCAUCCGGAGAAUGAAGUACCUUAUCCGAUUAAAAGUGUGAUUUUAUGUUAUGCCAUUGCCUUGGGAAGUGAUAAAGAAUGGGACUUCUUGUUAAAUAUCUACACUAACACAACGGAGGAAGAAGAAAGGAUUCACCUUGCCUAUGCAAUGAGCUGCAGCAAAGACCCGUGGAUACUUCUCAGAUACAUGGAAUAUGCCAUCAGCACAUCUGCAAUCACUUUUAAUGGAACAAAUAUAAUUGAAAUCGUGGCAGCAUCUGAAGUUGGCCAGUAUAUCGCAAAAGACUUUUUAGUCAACAAUUGGCAAGCUGUGGAUGAAAGGUAUGGAAAACAAUCAUUGGUUACUUUAAUGUAUAUAAUAGGGAGAACCAUAAGUACAGAUUUACAGAUCGUGGAGCUGCAGCAGUUUUUCAACAACAUGUUGGAGGAGCACCAGAGGAUCACAGUGCAUGCCAAAUUACAGACAAUAAAGAACGAAAAUCUGAAAAACAAAAAGCAGCGCGCCAGGAUAGCUCAGUGGCUUCGGAGAAACACGUAGCUUGUGGCUACUUUCAGCACUCCUCUUGAGUAUCAUAAUGCGGUUUACUCACAGUUUGUCUUCCAAUACUCUGUAAGGCUGGAAAACCACACGUUUUGUUAUUUGUAUUUCAGUCACAUUUACUAGUCAGAGCCCUAGUCUUCCCAUACUGUCGUGUUUGGCCCUGAGGCUUGGCGAUAGCUAAGAAUUCUGUAAACACUGCUAUAAUUCUGGGGAAGAUUUCGCUUUAUUGGGCUAUAAACCCACAGAAUUUACUUUAAAUGCCGUGUAAAAACAAAUUCACCUAAGACAGUCUCACUUAUUCUGUUGUGAAGGCCAAUGGAAUAUUAAAUCAUUGGCAUUAAUGAAGAGCACAUUCUUUCUUUCUGAGGGAAAUACAGAUUUGCAAUGCUUGAGGUUUUAUUUAGUUCAAUAUUGAAAAGAGUAAUGAGAAAUAAGAUGACAGUAUAAAGAAACAGAAAUCCAAAAAAUAAUAUUCCCUAGAAGACAGAAAAGCCAAAGAAAAGCAGGUUUGAAAAGGAAAGAAUAAGACUAUUUAAUAAGCCAGAAAUUUGUAAGAAUUUGUCUUCUCCUGCCCAUUUCUCUUCCCUACUGCAUUGAGCCAUACUUUGCUGCCUACUGAACUUUAUGGUAUUACAAAAAGACAAAUAACUAUAGGAUCCAUGAAGUGCCCUUAGGAUCACGUGAGGGAGGCCAAAACGGAGAUGAAGUCUCUGCUCUGAAGCUCUUAGUAGCAAGUUCCCUCAUGGAAUGGACACUCUUUCAACCAAAGCUUAUGAGUGAAAAUAAUGUCAAAAGACAGUAGCAAGUAUGGGUAAAAGGGAAUCUUGAAAUGAAGGAAAAUAUGACUGUAAUCAAAGGAUAACCAGAGGCUAAUCCUUACAGUUUUACACUCAGGGGAUUAACCUUGAAAUGUGGUUUCUUUUGGCCAAAUUAAACCCACUUGCAACAUGGACCAACUUAAAUAUUUUCGUUCGUCACAAUGUAUGGGGAUUGGCUUAGUUUUGUUACACUUCAUUAAAAGAGAACAACUAAGGGAAAUCA